UGUAGACGUGUUAUCUAAAUGUGGUGGCCAAUAUGCCUAUUUUGGUAUAGAAAAAGGUAUCUCACAUAUUUCUGGGCUGAAAUCACUUAUAUCAAAGGGAAUUAGUUUGCAGUUCAAUAUUGAUGGUUUACCACUAUUUAAAUCAAGUAAUGUACAGCUUUGGCCUAUAAUGUGUAGCAUAAACCGUGGGCAUGUCCCUUUCAUUGUUGGGAUGUUUUGUGGAACAGGAAAACCCAGCCCGGUGAAAGAAUACCUUGCAGAUUUUUUGAAAGAGCUUCACAAGUUAACAGUUAAUGGCAUUAAAUUUGAAGACAAAACAUACAAUGUUUCAGUUGAUGGCUUUGUGUGUGAUGCCCCUGCAAGGGCAUUUUUGAAAUGCGUAAAAACCCAUACUGGAUACAGUGCCUGUGAAAGAUGCACAGUACAUGGAUCCUGGGAUGGAAGAGUAGUAUAUAACACACAGGAAUUAUUCCCUCUCCGUAAAGCACAGCAGUUUCAAAAUAUGGCAUAUGAAGACCAUCAGAUAGAGCAAUCACCUCUCACAGACAUUGGCAUUCUUUGCAUUGAACAGUUUGCCUUGGAUUACAUGCACUGUGUUUGUUUAGGUGUUGUGCGACGUAUUUUGUCCUUUUAAAACAUGGUCCCACACAGUGCCGUCAGUCAGCUCGCCAGAUAUCAGAAAUAUCAAAUAGACUAGUGUCGUUGAGUGGAUUGAUGCCCAGUGAGUUUGCUCGACAGCCCAGAUCGCUCUUAGAACUAGAUCGCUGGAAAGCAACUGAACUGCGCCAGUUUCUCCUUUACACAGGCCCUGUAGUUUUAAGAGAUGUGGUCCCAACACCAAUUUAUGACCACUUUCUCUGCUUAAAUGUUGCCAUAGCUUUUAUGUUAGAUGCUGAUGCUGACAAGAGAAACUUUUACUUGCCAUAUGCUAAAGAACUUUUAGAGUGUUUUGUUGGCAAUUGCCCAGACAUUUAUGGUAACACUUUCACAGUUUACAAUGUUCAUAACCUCAUACAUUUACAUGAAGAUAUAACUUUCUUUCAGUGCUCUUUGAAUGAUAUAUCUGCAUUCAAGUAUGAAAAUCAUCUCCAGAUGGUAAAGAAAAUAGUCAAAAAAGCACAAAAUCCCAUUGCACAGAUUGCAAAACGCUUAACAGAACUUAAUGCACAUGGAUCCACUAGUACAGCCAAAGUAAUAUAUCCUGUCAUCUCUACAAGGAGCAAAGAUAACUGUUUCAUACUUCAUACAGAAGAUUUUGUCUUUGUGCAUGAAGAAAAGAGCAGUGGUGAACUUGCUUGUGAAAUUAUAGGUCAGAUUCAUAUGCAAAAUUUCUUUGAAAGUCCUUGCAAUUCAAAACUAAUGAAUAUUGCUUUUAUAGAGACCAAACAUUUGAAGCAAAAGCUCAGAAAGAAAGUAAUAGACAGAAGUUGCAUUUCUCGUAAAGUUGUGUGCUUGCCGUAUGAUGAUGGCUUUGUAUUUUUCCCAUUAUUACAUAGGGCUGAAAAGUUUUAAGGAUCAGUCCAUAUUGGACAAAAUAGCUUCUUUACCCUGGCCUAUCACCAACAAAAUCUCAAUUACUGUUGUGAACACUGCACUUAGGUGUAUGAGUAAAGUACCUAAAUAUGUAUGUUUGCAAUUAUGUUUAUAAUUUUGUAGUUGUUGCUUCCUUACUGCAUAAAGCUUUUAUUUAUUUUAUUUAUUAGAUGAAAUAUAAAAGCAUUUAAAUUGACACCAUCAGGGGUUACAGUAGUGUGCAAGCCAUGUAUUAUAGCUACUAUGUAUAUAUAUAGCUUAUCACAUUAUUCAAUCCACACAACUGCUAAACAGUAUGGCAAUGUGGGCUCGAGCAGUGUGGCUGGAGGACAAUGAAGAGCAGGAGGGUGUUAUACCACAGAAGUGGAUACAGAAUCAAAUGGUCCAUUGGCCACCUGGUGUUAAUGCUGCCCCCGCUAUGGCUGAAAUGAGAGAUCCAACACCAUCUUGGAGAAAGUUCACACUUGUGAAAGUAAAAAUUGCUUCUGAUGACAAAACUGUCUGUGAGGAAUGCAAUACUACCACGACAUCUGAAUUGAGUGAUGAAGAAGAGAAUGUGAAACGACGCAAGAAGAAAAAAAUAUUUGAAGACUUCUACGUUGCAGAUGAGUGCAAUGACAUGAUGCAGGAAAAGGAAAAGAAAUGUGGUGCCUCUCUACCAAAACCCCCAGAGAAAUUUGUAAGAAAGCAGUUGAUACAACAAAAGAAAUCUCCCCAGAAGAGACAGACUCAGGUGUUUCCUACAAGGACUUCUCCUCGGAAGAGAGUGCUGGAUUCAUCCCAGAAAGGGAUACCACAUUCACAAGCCCUUCCUAGAUCCUCAUUGGAGCUGAGUUGUGUUUCACAGGGGGCUGGUCCAUCCUCACAAGGAACAUCACAUGGGAUGGGUACAGAUGACAUGUUGCCUAUGUCUGAUGGAAAAUUUCAGAAAAAAGUAUUGUUCAUUCUGUCUAGUAUAAGGGAUGGCAUAAAGCAAAUCCAACAUAAGAUUAACCAGAGCAACAAUGACAGUGAGGUGGAGUUUGAAAUCAAGAGAAUGAACUCAAUAGCUGAAGUCCAAGAAAAUGAGAAACUUCUUCAGGACCCAGAAAGUCUCAAGCAUGCAAUUUCCCGGCUAAGUAGGAUCGGAGGAAUCAGCAUGAAAGAUGCAGUUGCCCAAGCAAUGCAAAGAGUCUUAACCAAUGAGGUCAUGGCACAUAUGAACAUGAAAGGGAAGAGAGGAAAAUAUGGCUUUGAACAAACAUUGUUGUUCAGGGUUAUUAGAGAGAGUGUCCUAACUCAUCAGUCUGGGACAGAAUCCAGUGUUGCAGAGGCUGUGGCUAAAUGCUUGAAAUAUGCACCUGAUAGGAUUGGAGGAGGUGGACGGAAAGUCUCAAAUGAAGCAUCACCAGGUUCAUCUGACCAUCCUGGUCCCUGUUCAUCCGUGUCCAAGUCUGACCACUCUACGGCAACAAUCAAAAAGAGAAAGUUUGUACAUGAAGAGGUGUCACCUCCUUCAAGCAAUUCGUCUGGAACAACAAUGCUUUUACCACUGGAAAUUGAUGAAAUGUCAUCUGAGUCUUUGUUGGAAAAUGAAAGCUCUGAUGAGUGAUGAAUAUAUAUAUGUAUAGGGAAACUCAAUUUAGUUUCUGCAAGGUACAUGAACAGCCGGAGUAGAGAAGAGGGGGAUGAGAGGUCUCAUACUUCUAGAACCUUUAUUUUCUGCUCUGAUUGCGUCACCCUCCUUUUGUUGGAGGAAAUUGGCCGUAGCAUAUAGAUACUUAGUAAAGUAACCGAGUAGUAUAUCCACUUUGCUGCAACUGUAAUAUAUACUCCUGCAAAUACCUAUGCAUUAAAUAUCCAAAUGCAAAGUUAUGAUUUCAUAUUGGUCACUACAAACAUGCAUUAAUGUGUUGUAGCUUAACUUUUGUAUCCUAUGUACUUUGUACUAUGUACUUAGCUAACAUACAAGUCCAUGUAGUGAAAAACGCCUUUACAAGAUGUUUUAUGCAAAUGACAUGAAAGGUAAAGAUAAUAAUAAUAAUGUUGGUACACAUAUACAGACACUUUAUUUUUACCUACUGCAACUGUUUCUGUAACUUUCCCCAGUUUCAAAAUGAUGUUACCUACUCUGAGAAACCAUUGUUCAGUAAUGUUAAACUCAAAAUCAACUUAAAUUUUAGCUAAAGUCAAGUGUUUACAAGUUAUUCAUGUGUUCAGUAUGGGUGAUGUUUAAUGUGGUAUUGGAAUAGCCCUUUUAAUGUGUGUACUGAAAUGACGAUGAAAUACCUAUUGAUUUUCAGUAUGUAAACUAAGCUUAAUUGUGUACCAGUUGCACAUAACUAACUUUAUAGUCUAUCCAAUCUUGGUCCUCACUUUCUAAUGUGAUAGCUAAAAUAACUCAUAAAUGUUGAGUUGGUAGUAAUGAAAAUCUGUACAUUUCUUUUCCAGACUAUAUCUCACUACCAGAAACAAUGCAAAGACCUUUCCUGAGACAAAGUCCAUGGUUCUGGGUCAUGGUGAAGCAUAUGUCGGAUUUACAUUCAAUCUAAGCUCAAGAUCGAAUACAGACAGCAUGUGCUUCACCAAAGACUAUAGACUAGACUGUUUACUGAUGUUAGUAUAGUCUGGUGAACAAUUUUCACGACCUGGAGCAAUGCUGAAAAUCUAAUGUUGAUUCUACGUCGGGUGAGCAACGUCAGUUUUUCAACUGGAAUUCAACGGGAAUUCCAACAUUGAAAAACAGAGCAUGAUUCAACGUUGAAAACCAGAUGUCAGUUCAAUGUUGAAAUUCCACCAUUGAUUAUACGUUGGAAAUAUUACAUUAAAAAAACUUUCAAAAUCAAUCAAUUCUCAACGUAGAUUCUACGUAAGGGCCUGACGCAAAAUCAACGUUGAAUCAACGUUGAUGUGCCUGCUGGGAAG